GGGAAGCCAACUUAGUGAACAUUAAUAUAUCCCACCAAGUUACUAAGAUAAAACGAAACACUGUCAAAAUGUCUCUUCCAUAUACGAUUCUCCUUUUUUUGAUAUUUUCAACAUCAUCAACUUAUUUCAUCUCUUUCGCACACUCCAAAAUCGCUCGACUUGGGAUUUCUUCGAAAACACUAAAGAAUGCAUCCGAUGGAUCAACACAAAAAGUAGAUGAAUAUGAUCUAGAAAUGUACUACUUUAAUCAGACGCUCGACCACUUCACAUUCACGCCGAAAAGCUACAUGACUUUCCAACAAAGAUACGCCAUCGAUUCCACGCACUGGGGUGGUGCUAAAGCCAACGCGCCAAUCUUAGCAUUUCUUGGAGAGGAAUCGUCGUUAGACUCUGAUUUGGCUGGCAUCGGUUUUCUUCAUGACAACGGUCCUCGCCUAAAAGCGCUCCUCGUCUACAUAGAGCAUAGGUAUUAUGGGAAGACAAUGCCAUUUGGAUCAGCAGAAGAAGCAUUGAAGAACGCAAGUACGUUGGGGUAUCUGAACGCAGCACAAGCCCUAGCAGACUACGCCGCGAUUCUCUUGCACGUUAAGGAGAAGUACUCCACCAAACAUAGCCCUAUCAUUGUAAUAGGAGGAUCCUAUGGUGGAAUGUUAGCGGCAUGGUUCAGGCUAAAAUAUCCACACAUAGCACUCGGAGCAUUAGCAUCUUCAGCUCCUCUUCUCUACUUUGAAGAUACUCGUCCUAAAUUUGGUUAUUAUUAUAUUGUAACCAAAGUUUUCAAGGAAACAAGUGAAAGAUGUUAUAACACGAUCCGUAAAUCUUGGAAAGAAAUAGAUAGAGUUGCUGCCAAACCCAAUGGUCUCUCGAUCCUUAGCAAAACAUUCAAAACUUGCGCUCCAUUGAACGGAAGCUUUGAUAUCAAAGACUUCUUGGACACAAUAUAUGCUGAAGCUGUUCAAUACAACCGGGGUCCGAGUUAUUGGGUGGCCAACGUGUGUAACGCAAUCAACGCCAACACACCAAACCGUAAAAGCAAUUUACUCGAUCGGAUUUUUGCUGGUGUUGUCGCUUUAAUAGGCAAUCGAACUUGCUAUGAUACCAAUAUGUUUUCGCAGCCAACAAACAGUCACAUCGCAUGGAGAUGGCAGAGCUGCAGCGAGAUAGUGAUACCCGUGGGAUAUGACAAACAAGAUACAAUGUUUCCAACGGCACCGUUUAACAUGAGCAGUUACAUUGAUGGAUGUGAGUCUUAUUAUGGUGUCCCUCCUAGGCCACAUUGGAUCACAACGUACUUCGGCAUUCAGGAUGUCAAGUUAAUCCUUCAAAGAUUUGGGAGCAACAUCAUUUUUUCUAAUGGAUUGUCAGAUCCUUACAGCGUUGGCGGAGUCUUGGAAGAUAUUUCAGAUACUGUAGUCGCAAUCACGACAAAUGGUUCACAUUGUCAAGAUAUCAGUUUGAAAAACAAAGAAGAUCCGCAGUGGCUGGUGAUGCAAAGAGAGAAAGAGAUUAAAGUUAUUGAUUCUUGGAUUUCAACGUACCAAAAUGAUCUACGAGAUCUUAACAUGUCAAUCUAAGUUAAUAAUUUGAUUGAAUAAAGAGUUUUAUACUUC